AUGUCUGGCGCGAGCACAAAAUCCGUCACGCAAUUCCUUCGUGGUCUUGACCUUUCGGGCGUGAAUUUUGGUUCGGUGGGGGAGCAUGUGGCGGCUCAGUCACCCGAUGGCAUAGCCAGACGCAACAAGAACAAGGCCGUGGUGUCUGCCGCAUCGGCUGUUCUGCCCUGCACCCAUCCGCUAGCCAAGAUGUCUCGACUCGAGUGGCUGAAGCUUCGCAACUCCGAGCUGACUAAUUCGGACCUCCCCAGCGAACUCAAAUAUCUCAAUCGUCUGGAAUACCUGUCAUUAGCUAAAAACAAGUUGACGCGCCUCACCUCCAUCUCUGAUUGGCCACGGGUCUUCCCCAAUUUGCGAGUGCUUAACUGUCGAAAAAACCAGUUAGCCGGUCAGGAUGCAAUUCCUCCAGAUCUUUUUCAAUGCCCAAACUUGCAGGUAAUCGAUUUCAGUUGCAAUCAGCUGACGCAGGUACCGAGAGGUAUCGAAAAUGCCUCGGGUCUUCUGGUGUUGAAUCUUAGUGACAACCAGCUCACCUCAGUUCCGCCAGAGAUCUUCACAGAAUGCACAGAGUUAAUGUUGCUUGACCUCUCCGACAACCAUUUGACAGUUCUUCCAGCCCAGCUACGGCGCUGCUCCUCUCUCCAACAACUCAUCCUUAACCGCAAUCCCUUCCAACAUUAUCAACCUCGAACCAUCAUCUCCAUCAAAAAUCUCGAGGUACUUCAUAUGUCCGGUACCCAACGACGUUUAGAUAAUAUCCCCAAAGAACUCGAUCGUCUAACAAAGCUAGUUGAUCUCGAUCUGUCUCAUAACCAACUUGUGAGUAUUCCUGAACCCGUAUUUGAUUUACGUGCCCUUCGGAAAUUGGACGUGAGCCACAACGAGAUUAGUGAGCUCUCAGCCCUCACCGACAACUGGCCCUCACUGGAGUACCUCAAUCUAAGCCACAACCAACUCGUCAGUAUUCCCUCGGGCCUCACUCGGCUGACAAAGUUGCGGAAGCUCUACCUCAACGAUAAUCAGCUCACAUUCUCCGGCCUUCCCUCGGGCAUGGCCAAACUAAAUGACCUGGAGGUACUCAAUGCGUCAAAUAACAAGCUCGAAAACAUUCCCGAGGGACUUUGCCGAUGUGGCCGGCUUAAGCGUCUUAUCCUGUCUAACAAUGAGCUGGAGACUCUUCCAGACGCCAUCCACUUUUUGGUUGAAAACUUGGAAAAGUUUGAUGUUGACAACAACCCCAAACUCCGCUUCCCACCCAAACCACCAGCGCUGCAGAAGGGCGCCGGCCUGGCCUUCUACAACAUCGACUUCUCACUGGAUGGCCAACUACAAAUGAUGCGUGGAAUCGCUCCUGAACCCAGCGAGGAUGUCAAAAAGGGCAAGGAGUCGGCGGCGAGGCUGAAGCGAAUGCGUCGGCGUCGACUUGACGGAGGCGAAAACUCAGCAGACGGCACCGAGGGAAGUCAAGUUGUGCUGGCUGGCAUGCGUCACAUCGCCGGCGAAAAAGAUGCCAUCAUGCGCCGACGCUUUGAUGAGGCUGCGCAGGCUGAGGAAAAGCAGAAUGCCGGAAAGCGCUGGAAGGAGGCACUAGCCAAGCCCAAUUUAGACUACAGUGAUAUCUUUGACGAAGUAGGUGUCUUCUUUGCUCGUCUAUUUACCUCACCCCAACCUCGCCUGCUCUAUCCUCUUUUGGACGCAGGGACUCAGCUGGGCGUCGAAAUCUGGGUUAUUGACGAGUUCUACCCGAAGCGAUUCGAGCCCGAGGAUGAGGAGUACGUGGGUCAGUUGUACUCUGGGGACUGCUACAUCGUCCUCCAGACCAGAGAGGCGACUGAGGUGCCCACAGAUGGGGGUGCGACCGGCAAUCGCGAGUGGCGUAUCUUCUACUGGAUCGGCUCAAACGCCACUCUGGACAAACGCGCCUGCGUUGCCAUGCAUGCGGUCAACCUGCGCAACUUCCUUGGCAUCGACGGGCAGACACAACGCGAGGAACAGGGUGAGGAGUCGGCCGACUUCCUCUCCCUCUUUGAGGGGCACAAAAUCACUGUGUUGGAGGGGUCUAGUGGCAGCACCGGGCUCCACAUCGUGGCAUGCAAAGAAACUGCUGUUAGAAUGUAUAGGCUGUUUGGUCAAGAGAAGACUAUGUACAUAGUCUCCAUGCCAGUUAGUCCGGCUAGUUUGGAUCCCAAAUUUGUCUACCUUGUUGACGGUGAUUCCUGUCUCUACGUGUGGUUUGGUUCGAAGUCGCGCCUCAUCAUCCAGACGCGUGGUCGUCUGUUGGCGGAGAAAAUAGCACAGAAGGAGCGCCUAAAUGAGGCGACAAUCUCGCUCGAGUACGAGGGCCGUGAGUCCACCGAGUUUUGGGCUGUUGUAAUGGGGCUCUGGAAGCCACCUCCCCGCCCCCCUGCCGUAGAGCACCAGGAGGAGAGACCGGUCCAGGCGAUAAUCGACCACCCGAAACCACCCACCAACAUUCCGCGACCUCCUCCCGCCCGUGACUACAUCUCUGUGGACUGGAAAUUGCCCAAGCCCAUUCUCUACGAUGUUAAGCUCGGCAAGGGCUAUCUGGAGCUCCUGCAGGUUGAUCUGCCUCCUGGCCAGCAGCUUACACGCGAUAUUCUCAACUCGGAGAACGUGUACCUUGUAGAUAGUGGAGGUGAACUCUUUGUGUGGAUGGGAAAAAGGUCGGCCAGGUUUUUGCGCUACGCAGGCUUUAAGCUGGCCGAGGAGUUGACUGAGGUGAUGCCGAGGGGCUGCUUUGGAGGAGCCGAGGAGGCCCUCAUCAACGAGAUCGUCGAAGACAGCAGCAUGGAGCAGAUUGUCACCGCGCACAAACGGCUGCACCCCCAGCCAUGCCCCGAGGGCGCGGAGAGCGAGAUUUUCAGAGCCCAGUUCGUCGGCUGGGAGCCGGCGAUGGCGGUAGAUUUCACUCGCACAGCCCAGUCAGUGACCGCACGUGGCGCCGACCCCAACGUCAUUUUGGAGCGCGACCAGAUCAAGACGGACCUCCGCGCUCUCCUAGCGCCCCGCGAGACACCCCUGCCUUGGGACAAGGCAAUCCAGCUGAUGAAUGACCUUAAUUAUGAGCUAAUCGAGCCGCCGGACUUGAACGCCGACUUUGGUCAGGGUUCGCCCACUCCCUCUCUUCAGCAGUUUGUUAUUCUCGACAGAAAGUGGGCUCCUGUCGAACCGAAGUGGUUUGGACACUUCUUUAAUAAGGAUUCCUAUAUCGUCAUUGCGCGAUAUUGGGAUGAUGUGUUUCCAGCAAGUGAGGAAGGUGGUAAGAGUACAAGCGAUAUUCAAGAUAGCGAGGAACUUCAGUCUUCAGGCGAAAAGACCGAAUUAGUCGAUGAGGAUGCCGAGGAUCUGGAAGAGGAACCAACGAAGACGGUCGUAUACUUCUGGCAGGGCCGUGAGGCCUCUGAACUCUCAUGGCUCACCUUCAACUUCUCCCUUCGCAAAGACAUGGAGGCCCGCCUUUCUCGCAAUCCCAACGCCAACGGUCGACCUCUGAGUGUGGAGUUCAAACGCGUGAAACAGCAACAAGAGGACAUGUACUUUCUCGCCCAUUUCAUGCGCAAAAUGGUCAUCCACCAGGGUAGCUAUAGGGACAGGGAGUCGGCGCAGCGACUUGACCAGGUUCACUUCUACCACAUGAGGAUGAAUGGUAAUCCAAUCGCCACCCGAUGCCUUCAAGUAAAGCCGUCUGUACAGAUCUUGAAUUCGUGCUUCUCGUACAUUCUUCGCAUUCCAAAGGACGUGAACGGGUGCCACAUUGAUAAGGCGUUUAUUUGGCUUGGAAGCUCAGCGCAUCCAGACGACGUGAACAUAUUGAAAGCCAUCUGCCACCAGAUCUACGAUCAGCCCCAAACUGAAGUUGAGAUAGUGCCAGAAGGAGAAGAGCCCGACGUUUUCUGGACAGCGCUCGGUGGAAAGCAUUCGUACGACAAAACGGCGGAGUACAUGCAAUACGCUCGACUGUUUAGGCUAUCGAAUGACGCCGGAUAUUUCCAUGCCUCAGAGAAGUGUGCUGAUUUCUGUCAAGAUGAUCUCGUCAACGAUGACGUCAUGAUGCUUGAUACCGGUGACCAGAUCUACCUCUGGCUGGGUCGAAAGACCUCGGAUGUGGAGGUGAAGUUGUCAUUGCAAGCUGCCAAGCUGUACAAGGAGCACAUGUCUCGUGCCCAGCCCUCGCGCCCUCGGCAACUUAAGUUGACUGCCAAGAACGCCGAGCCUUUCAUGUUCCGUCGAUGCUUCCAUGGCUGGGGUCCGUUCUAUGAGCCAAAAGACUGGUCUGGGUAA